CUCUCAUGCACAAUGGUCGACUGAGUGAAGGCUCGUGUUUUAAACAGAAAUUGUGUGUCUUGUCUAACGCAUAUGUAGCGCGCCACUUCGAAGCUACCAUCCGAUCUAAUUGCCCUCAAAACAAGUACCGUGAAAAACAUCUAGAAUUAAAAUCAUUUGAGUGAUUACUCGAAGUGCUGCCAUGUUCGCAUUCGUUACCAUCGCUAAAAGAACCGGCGCUCACACAUUCAAUGGCAUUGGAAAAAUACGAAUAACUGCCCAAUCGAUAGCCAAGCUACCCGGCUCAGGUGCAAGUGUGAAGUUAUCUACCACACCUGCCCCUUGCCGCAGCCUCUCUGGCACCUGCCAGCGAAGCACCUACGUUGACGAAAAUGACCCGGAUAGCCGCUACGCAAUUAACACAGAACGGAGUGAAUACUCAAAAUCUGGAACUGAUAAUGCUGUUGCGGCGCAGAGUUCUGCAUGGGACAUAAAAAACCAGACUCCUGAAAGCGCAAGGGAGGAGUCGGAAAAAGAGUGGGCAAGAGAAGGAAGAAGCAAGGCAAGCCCGCUGGAGGUGAGCCCUGCAAACCAAGAGGUAUCACGAUUCACUGACGAAUCCGGGCGGGGUGCUUCAGUCAUUCAUGGUCCAAGCAAGAGAGUCUCGCCAAAAAAAGGCAAGAAAGUGGAACUUGCCGCACCUGAAGCGGGGAGCGAUCAUGAAACCACGAAGGUCUAA